ACCAUUCCGGCACCGUAGCUGACGGACAAAUACCCAGAAUGCAUCGCUAUGGCUCAUAGCGCCAUCUUUGGAAAACCGUGGUGUAGAAGAACCUGAUUUAGACUCGUGUGUUUCAUUUAACGUUUGGUAGAUAUUUGAAUGUUUGCCCUUUGGUAGCAUCCUUUCCGUUGUUAAAAAAGUGCGAUGGGGGUGAAGGUGCAGCGACCUCGCUGCUUCAUUGACAUCACCAUCAGUAACGUACCAGUGGGAAGGGUGAUAAUCGAGCUAUUCUCUGAUGUGUGCCCGAAGACUUGUGAGAACUUCCGUUCUCUGUGCACAGGUGAGAUGGGUCUGGGGAAGAGCACCCAAAAGCCUUUGCACUACAAGGGAUGUUUGUUUCACAGAGUAGUGAAGGACUUCAUGAUCCAAGGAGGGGAUUUUAGCGAAGGUAAUGGCCGAGGUGGUGAAUCAAUAUAUGGAGGGUUCUUUGAAGAUGAAAGCUUCUCCAUCAAAACCAACAAGGAGGGUCUCCUGUGUAUGGCCAACAGGGGGAAGGACACCAACGGCUCUCAGUUUUUCAUAACUACAAAGCCAACACCUCACCUUGAUGGCCUCCACGUGGUGUUUGGCCAGGUGAUCUCUGGUCAGGACAUCGUCAGGUCUAUUGAGAAUCAGAAGACCGACCCUAACAAUCGACCAGUUUGCGAGGUGAAGAUGGUUAACUGUGGUGAGCUUGUCCCCAAACCCAAAGCUAAGAAAGAGAAGAAACAUCACAAGUCGGCCUCCAGUGAGAGCGAGAGCGACUCUGACUCUUCAUCCGACUCCUCCUCAGACUCGGAUGACUCUGAGAAGGAGUCCAAGAAGAAGAAGAAGAAGAAGCACAAGAAGGAGGCAAAGAAGAAGAAGAAGGAGCAGAAACGCAAAAGGAAGGAAAAAAAGGGGUCUGAGGAAGAGCCUGAGGGGGAGGCUGAGGCCCAGCAGUUGUCAACCAUCCGUCCGGAGGAAGUACCGCCCAUCCCAGAGAACCGCUUCCUGAUGCGAGGCAGCCCCCUUCCCAGAGAGGACGCUUUGAAGGACAAGAGCAAGGAGAAUGCUGGGAAAGACCGACAGAAGGAGAGGGACAGGGACAGGGAGCGAGAGAGACAGAGGGACAGGCCCAUGUUGAACUCCAGGCAACCAAAUCGCGGCAGGCUGGUGAUGACUCGCUCUGGCAGAAAAAUAAAAGGCAGAGGCCCCAGGAGGUAUCGCACACCCUCUCGUUCCCGCUCUCGCUCUUGGGACCGCUUCAGACGCAGUGAGACUCCUCCCCACUGGCGUCAGGAAAUGCAGCGCACGCAGAGAGCCCAGCGCACUCGCAACAUCAGUGAGGACCGUUGGAUCAAAGGAGACAAGGGAGACAUGGAGAAAGAGAAGCCAACCUCCGAACCUGAGGUGAAAGAAGCCGAGAGGAAGAACUCUGAGGGGGAGCGAAAGAACUCUCGCGAGAGAGAGCGAGAUCGAAGAACUUCUGACAAAGAAAAGGAGAAAGAGAAGGAGAAGAAGACUUCCGAGAAGGGCCGAGAGAAGUCCCAGAGUCCAUCCAGGCAGAAGGACAAGGACCGAAAGAGCCGGCGCCACCACUCCAGGAGCAGAGAACGGGACGGACAAAAGAAGACAGAAGGAGAGAAGGAGGAAGACGAGGCUCGGAAGAGGAAGGGGCAGUCCCGUAGCAGGAGUGGCGAGAAGAGAAGCGACGGGGACCGCAGGCGUAGUCGGACGGAUGACGAGAAGGCCCGCUCCCGAAGCAAGGACAGGAAUGAGAGGGACGACAAGAAGGAGAAAGAGAAGGAAAAGAAGCCGUCAGGAACAGGAGAACAAGAAAGGAGCAAGAGCAAAGACAAGAGCCGACACUCCGAGACGGAUGGUAAAGACAAACCGAAGGAGGAGAUGGAGGAGAAGAAAAUAAAGAACGGAGAGCAGGAGAAGGAGAAGGCGAAGUCACGCAGCAAAGAAAGAGACUCCAGAACGGACAAAGAUGCCCGGCGCAGGUCCAGAUCCAGAGGGCGUGGACAGGUCCAGGGUGGCCAAUCGCGUGACCGGACACAAGAUAAAGGGAGAAGCCGUAGCCGAGACCGAGACCGGCAGCGUAGCCGAGAUCGCCGGAACAGGCGCUCCAGGAGUCGGGAGAGGGAGAGGGAACGAGAGCGAGACAGAGGCCGAGAACGAGAGAAGGAACGAGAGAGAAGGAGGAGCAGGGACGAAUCAAGGAGCCGAGACGGCCGGCGAGACAAGAAAUCCAGGAGCCGAGAUCGCUCGUCCAAUCAACGGAGGAGUAGAGAGAGGGAGGAGGACCGGAAGAGGAGGAGGAGAGAUCGUAGCAGCAGCAGUAGCAGUAGUAGUGGUAGCAGCAGCGGUUCCGACAGGGAGAAGAACAAGAACAAACAGAAGAGGAGCGUCAGCCCGAAAGGAAAACGACCAAAUAGCCGGGAGAAGAGGCGAGACAAAUCACAAAGCCCCAGGAGGAACCGGGACCAUCGUAAAGAUGACAAAAACAGAUCCAGCUCCAGUGAUAGCGAUUAGACUCGUCAUCAUAGGAGCGGUGACGCCACCCUUCACCACGGCCUGUGUGACGGCAACCGUCUACAGGGUAAAAAUGAUAGCGGUUUGAAUGGGUGUUGGAGGGAGUGAUGGGUGCACUCCCACUGGAGUGUUUUAAGAACUGUAAACACCAAAUCCACACCAUGUUUUGCAGUCAUAGACAUAUCCUAUUUUAAAUUGGACUCUAGUUGGUAAGACCUGACUUUGAAUGCCCUCAGUAAUGCAACAAUGUGAAGUCAAAAUAUUUUUUCUGGGAAAUGUGUUGCCCCCUCAUCCUCCUAUGUUAUUGCUGUGAUUGACCACAACCUGUCUGCCAAAUAGAAAUAAUAAAAUAGCUGACAUUGCAAAGUAAUUGUUGAAGAUAAUUAACACUUUUACUCUAAGGGCAUACUUACAGGUAGUGGAAGUGGUGAUAUGAAGUUGCAGAAGAGUAACAUUAAUUUAAUCAGUAAACUGUUUAAUUUGAGACGAAAUGCUUUGACCUGGAAUGGGAUUGAUCAUUUUAAUUCGUUUUUGUUUAAAAUGUGUGUGUUCAGUUUCGUAGCUCCAUGGGUAUAUCCAUUGAAACAGGGGAAAUUAGUGUUACGGUUUUUUUUUUUUAUCAGCGUGUAAUAUUUGUAAUGAUAAAUGUGGUGGAAAUGUCAACUCUGGUUUAUCCCAUUAAAGGUUUUUGGGGGCUGUCUCACCCGUCA